CUUCACUCAUCAGCACUGCCACAAUCAGGUGAGUCUAAAAAUCUAAUCUCACUCAUCUUAGUCCCCAGCUUCUAGGGGGAAAGUGUUACAGGUGGCUGCAAACCUUUCUUCUCUGCACUGAGUACACUUUUUUUUUCUUUCAGAGAAGUUAUGUGAUGGAUUUUUAACCACUUUCCCACUCUCUCUACAUUUAUUUAAUAAUGAGAUGUUCUGCAGUUUAGUUAAAUUAUUGCACAUUUGGGGUGUGAUGUUUAAAUAGCUAUCAAUGCUUACAAAUGUAUGUAGAAAUGCAAUCUAAUUUAAUAUUUCAAAUAUCUAUUAUUUUUUUAUCUGAUAUUAAAGUAGGAUGUAUUAAAAUAUCUGAAUUAUUUUAAAACGGUCAGUUUUGGUACUGUAACAUGCUUCCAUGGAGAAGAGAGUUCUUUGUGAUAAAAAAAAAAAUAUAUAUAUUUUAUAAUAAAGAACAUGAAACCAACAAAUUGGAAACAUAAUUAAACAUAAUUAUGGAAAAUCAAUCAUAGCAUAGGGUGAAUUUAGAUUUUGUAUUAACCCUAUCUCAGCAACUUUAUGACAUAUUUGCUAAGGUACACAAAUUGGGGAAUAGCUUUAUAAAGCAAAAAUGAUAGAUAAUAAUGUAUCUCCUUGGCAAACUAUAUGUAAGGGAAUUUAAGAAAAUGGUUUAGAUAGUUAAUAGUUUAAUUACUAGAAUUGGUGCACAAUGGAUUGUGAUAUCUUUUGUAGAUUUAUCAGAUUUAUAGAAAGAAAAAAUAUAUCUUUAUUAAAUGGUUAUUCGCUAAAUCAGGAAUUGUCUGAAAUUCAGCAGGGACUUUGAAAUUUAAGGUCAAACUAACUGAGCUGGAAAGAUAGCUUGGAGACAUUUUUCCAACUCAGGUAUUUUGACUCUAAACGUACAAUUAUCUGGAGAGUUCCUAAGAAUUCACUAUUUGGUAGAUAACCCAGCCUAACAUGCCACUGGCAUACUAAUCAUGCUAUGCUGGCCAAUGUUACAGGCCUAUGGCAUUGGUUCGGUUAAAUGUAUUUACAUUUAAUAGUGUGAACUGGACUUGUGCACAAAUCCUUUUCACGUGUGGUGAACCAAUAGCUUCGUUCGGUAGGUAUGAACAAUCGGUUUGUUCAUCUGUAGAAUGACAGGCAUUGGUGACCGCAUGCAGUGAUUAUAGUAGUCAAAAUAAAUGUAACUUUAUAGGUAGGUGAAAUGCAGUUAUCUUUAUUAACCUUUUAAUUGCUAGUUUAACUCAAAUUAGAUGAUCACACAUAUGAUAUAAGAAACAAAUGUAGUUGCUUAUUAUUUAUGUUGAGUAGCACAAACUUAGCAAUUACUUAAUGUUGUUUUAUGACUAUGAAAAGGUUAUAAUGAUAUCUGAUCAUCUAUAUCAGAGAAUUGCUCUGCCUUUGCAUUACUUGUAGUGAAACUGCUGUACCUGAACGACUGCAUUAAUAUACAAAACAUAAAUUCGUGAUCAUUUCCUAAUAAUUGCUGUUUCUAUGAACCCUAUGGAUAGCAAGCUUAAAUGAACAAUUUAGACACCCAGACCACUUCAGUUUAAUGAACUGGUCUGGGUGCUAGGUCCAUCUAGGAUUAACCCAUAUUGUUUAUAACCAUAGCAGUUUCAGAGAAACGGCUAUGUUUAUAAUAUGGUUAAUCCAGCCUCUAGUGGCUGUCUCUUGACAGCCGCUAGAGACGCUUGCGUGCUUCUCACUGUGAAAAUCACAGUGAGAAGACGCCAGCGUCCAUAGGAAAGCAUUGUAAAUGCUUUCCUAUGAACUGGCUGAAUGUGCGCGCGGCUCCUGCCGUGCAUGCGCAUUCAGCCGAUGACGUCGCUAUGGAGGAGGAGAGGAGGAGGAGAGCUCCCCGCCCGGCACUGGAGAAAGGUAAGAUUUUAACCCCUUCCUCUCCCCAGAGCCCGGCGGGAGGGGGACCCUGACGGUGGAGGCACCCUCAGGGCACUAUAGUGCCAGGAAAACGAGUAUGUUUUCCUAGCACUAUAGUGGCUCUUUAAACAUUUCACAUAGUAAUAUCCAUUUAAUACCAAAUGUUACAAUUAUCUGUAUCUACUGGAUAUGCAACUGGCAACUUAUUUUCUUCUAUUACAUGGCCCAUGUAAAUCGCAACUGUAAAAUAAAACCCUGUCCAGUUGUGUAGAAUGAUAUACAUAUAUAUUUAGUUUUAUUCUGUAUUUUCUCCAGUUUCAGAAACUUAGGAUGAGUGAUUUAAAUUUGUGCAAUGGUUUUGUCAGUUGGGCAAAUUUCUUUUUUUUAAUGGGCACGCUAAACACCCAAACCACGUAACCUUAAUUAAGUGGAGGUUUUUUUUGUGCACAGGCAUUGUUCCUGUUUGCUUACAAAGUAAAACAUUGUAGUUUCAGGGAAAUGGCAAUGUAUGCAUAUUCGAUAAAACACGUCUCGGUCUGAUAGCAAUUAGAGGCACUUCCUCAUAUUGACUCUUAAAUAUCAAAGGUCUCUGCAUCCUGUGUCAUCACACCUAGCAUGAUGAUGCAGAAUGCAAUUAAUGUUUCUUACGAAGAAUAGAAUUCCUGCUCUGUAGGUCCCAAAUGUUUCUCUGUUAGAAAUAUUGGGAUAGACCACAGAUCAUCCACACUGAUGACAUCACAGUAGGAGGUGGCUCAACUGAGAGGAGACUAUCCCAGCUGUGGAUUGCAAGUAAAACAAAACAUAGAAAUUGUACCAUGUGUUUGUUCCACCAUAAUUUAAUGGUUUCUUUAAUUGCCAAUACAUAUUUAUUAGUUUUUAAAGGACAGAAAGAGACAGGGCUUUUUAAAAAAAAUUAUUAAUAUCCCAUGUGUAUCCUAACACAAUAUUAAGUAUGAAUAACAUUUUAAAAAGGGGGGAGGGAGGAAAUGUUUUCAGUUUUUAGAUUUUUUACGCACCAAGUGCACUAAAGAAAAAUUUAUUCAAAAUAGAUUUACGCAUCAGUCCUGAUUGGUAAAAGCCUCAAAUGCAUACCCCCCAAUGUUUUAAAUAAACAGACAUGGACACUUUAGGGGUGUGAGUGGAGCCAAGGGCGUGGCUGUUCUGAGAACUUGUGUGACAUACUAACAGCAAUUUAUGCAACUACAAGCUAAUUUCGAACCAGAGUAAUGUAUCUUUUUUUUUAUAUACAGACUGAUUCUAAACACAUCUAUGGUAGUUUAAAGACACAUUGCUGUGAGCAUUGUUGGUGUGGAGCUCUGUUAUACACUCAGACACACCAACAAUAUAGAGCUUCCAGAAGAGAGGGAGAUUACGAUAGUAAAGAGGGACAAGUGGAUUUGAGCCCAAAAUAGAGACUGCCUCUCCUAAAUUGAGACACUUGGCAAUUAUUUAGGAUCUAAAUUAAUUUUUGGUAGGUAACUUCAACCUAUACCAGGGAUAGGAGACAAUUGCCACUCCAGAUGUUGUGCACUACAUUUCCGUUGAUGCUUUGCCAGUAUUAUGGUUGUAAGAGCAUUAUGGGAAAUGUAGUGCACAACAUCUUAGCUUUAACACUUAGUCUUCACUAACCCUACAGUGACCCUAUCAUUAAACCGAAGUCCGAGGGAUUCGCUCUGCUGAAGGCAGCAAAGGGAUUAUCCAUCCCUCAGUACAGAGCACUCUGUGUGCGGCCUUUACUGUGUGAUUGCAGCAUGAGAAAGAGAUCUCUAAAACUCUACCAUGCUGACCUUGCCAAUCACACAGGGAUCAUUGCUGGACAGCUGGCAAAGCCCAGCGCUGAUCACAGAUGGCAGGUAGGCAUGCAGGUAGAAUCUCCCAGAGUCUUUUCAGUCCGUGGUUUCCCUCAGACUGAAGGCAGGCUCAAACUCACUGCUGCUAUGCUUGAUCUCUCAGAUACAGGGAAUUAAAUGCAUUUAAAGAGCUGUAUGCAGGGAUCACUUUGAGCACUGGAUACAGCUCAUAGUUCAGUCUGGGAACACUAAAUAUUGCCACAGUUGACAGAUGGGAGCUAUAGGUAUCAACUAAUACCUGGAUCUUCCUGGUGUAAUCAGGGAAUUCAUCCUGCUCAAGCCAAAUAUUAGGACAUUCCAUGCCACCCUAAUAUCAUUGAAGCCCACUCUGAUGGACGGCAUGGAAUGUCUUAAUAUUCUCAAGAGGUUAAGGUGGGGCGGGGGUAGCAAUCUAAAAGGACAAAGUAACAUUCAUUUUAAAAAUAGUAGAUUUAUUUUUAAGGUUAGAGGGUUCAUUUAACAUAUUAGAUGCAUUUAUCCAAAUUCACAAUUACACAUGCAUUCUGAUGUUCAAUAAGUAUUUAUCUGGCAUAUUUGCUUUUUGAAUUUACAGACUAAAUUGUUGUAUAUAGGGAAAAUUAAUUAACUUGCCCUCCCUCCUUAUUCUAAGGCUACCAGGGCCAAUAAGAAAGGAAUCAUUUAAUGAAGAAAAAGAUAGAGAUACAUGUAUUUGAAACCUGAGAUGAAGCGCUAGAUAACACAGAAAAAAAACUUUUAUUUAUAUAUAUAUAUAUAUAUAAUUCAGACCCCUUAUUUGUUUCACAUUUUGUUUGUUGCAGCCUUAUGCUACAGUUUUUUUCCUUUUCACAUCUAUCUACACUCAAUACUCCAUAAUGACUAAGCAGAAAAAAAACUGAAAGGUCACAUUGACAUAAGUAUUCAGACCCUUAACUCUGUACUCAGCUGAAGAACCUUUGGCAGUGAUUACAGCUUCAAUUAUUUUUGUGUAUGAUGCAACAAAUAUUGCACACCUGGAUUUGAGUGGUUCUGCCAUUCAUCUCUGCAGAUUCUCUUGAGCUAUGUUAGGUUGGACAACCAUUUUCACAUCCCUUUAGAGUUAUUUGCUUGGAUUCAAGUCCAUGCUCUGGCUGGGCCACUCAAGGUCAUUCACAGAGUUGACCAUAUAGCAUUCUUGUGUAGUUUUUGCUGCAUGCUUAGGGUCAUUAUUUUUUUGGAACGGUCUGUAUACUGAGCUCUCUGGACAAAGUUUUCAUUGAGGAUAUCACUGCUUUUGGCAGCAUUUAGCUUCCCUCCAACCCUAACCAUUCUCAUAGUCCAUGCUGCAGAAAAAUCUCAAAACAUAAUGCUACCACCAUUAUGCUACAGCUUUGGGAUGAUGUUGCACCGGUGAUGAGACAUUGUGCUUUUCAUUGAGGCCACAAUGUUUAAUCUUUGUUUCAUCAGACCUUACAUUCUUGUUUCUCACAGUCUGAGAGUCGUUUACCUGGCAAGUUUCCAGGCAAGUUUUCAAAUGUCUUUCAGUGAGGAAAUGCUUGUAAAUGUAUAAAUGAUUCAGAAGUUACAUGGGGAAUGCCAAAUAAACACAUCAUCACCCUCUAAGAUAAAAAUUGCAGUACCUUUUAUUUCUUCAUUUAAAAAAUACAUUAUCUGGAUAUCAAGAGUGGACCACUACAUCAGGAAAACAAAACCACAUGUUUCUUGUGCUUAGCAUUAUAUCUGAGAUAUAUUUAGGAAUAUCUAAAACAUGGAGAAAUAAAAAAACAAGUUAGUUAACAGAAUUUCUUAAUCAUUCCUUACAGAAAUAUUGAAUGGAUGAAAAGUUUUAGAUAUGAACGUGUCCCUGUUUUAUUUUCAGUGGGUCUUGGUUUUGUUAUCCAUUGCAUAAUAGUUGAAGAAUGGGUCACUGAAUUAAUUUUACAGAUGAAUAGGUCAUCAAGUAAAGGUCACGUACGUCAUUUGGGUCCCAGACAAAAAAGAAUAAUUGUUAUAUGGUAUGCCUUAUCUUGCAAUAUUUCAGACAAGAUCUGAAAUGUUACUGUGUAUGCAGAAAUCCAAUUUUUAUCAUAUAGAGUACAUGCAAAAAAAUAAAUCAGAAUCUAAAUAUUUUUACUAUAUUAUUCUGAUAACUAUUUGAAAGGAAGGUGGUAGCAUUUUUGAUUCUAUUAAAUUGUUUUUAGAAUGUAGAAAAAUACGUCUUGAUUUGGCAUACUGACUUUUUUUUUCGGAUGACUUAAACCUGUCAUUUUUAAUAUAUAAGGAAGUUGCUACUACAGACAAACCAUGUGCCCAGGAUCUCCUUCACGUUUCUCACCCCCUCCUUUGGAUUCUUGCUAACAAAACCAUGAAUUAAGUUGUCUGUAAACUAAUGGCAGCCAUGGGUGCAACUGUUAUCAGCUUGAGUGUCCGCUCCAUUCACGUUUUCGAAUUAAUGAAACUGCUGUCGAGAGUUUAAUUAUGUGUCCAAUAAACGCACAGCAAAUAGGGGUAAAUGAUAUCUGAUCAACUCUAAAUUAAACUAAUCGAAUGGGUAGGCUUUGAUUAGCUGGGGUUUGUCAGUUACUUCCUACUCUAAGUGAUCACGGCAGGAUGCUGCAAAGCCUAGUGAUUUGCGACAACAAUGUAACUUAAAUUGUAAAAUUUUCUCUAUUUUUUUAUUGCAAUUUCUACAGGAUGCAUUAACAGUGGGGUUUUACUCCUGCAUGGAGUGUCUCUUUAAGAGUGCAAGCAUAAGCAAUAACCCUACAUCUGAUAGAUGUAUAAACCAGAAAUAAAAACCAUACAGCAGACCUCUACCUCCCUUGCCUCGCUCUUCAAUUAGACCCCAUGCCGGGCAAUUAUCAAUUAUAUAUUCCCAUAAACCUCUGUUGAAUCACAGAACAAAUUACAGACAACUGCACUGUGAGUGGAAUCAUAUUCACAAAAUUUAAAGGGUGUUUCAAACAACACCCUUUCACACAUCCAAGGAGUCCAGUAAGAUUUCUGUUAUAAGGAAUAUGACAGCAUGUAUACAAUCUCGUACAUGCAUGCAUGCUCACUCACGUUCUCAUUCAACUGAAUCUGUGUUCAGGUAUUAGAUGGACUAGUCUAAAUACACCUUUUUGUCUUUUUAGUGUGAUAUAUUUAGGUAAUUCAUUACAUUUUAUGUAAAAUCACCCCUGGAGAGUCCCAUUAAACAUUUGUUGGAACAUACUCCUAGGUGAUCUGCCAUGGACUUAAUAUAGUAUAGUUCUAUACAGACCGUGCCAUGCCCCCCAAGUACUUGGAGACCCUCUUGAGAGACACACAAAUGAGUCAAUUUAGAAAAAUGUCUGAUCUUUAUUAAGUAGAACAAUGGUUUUGUAAAGCAAUAAAGGGGCAGUAUCAUUCAUUACCAAUCAAAUUUUGACCACUAUUAACUAACAUCAUAAACAAGCUUGUGCUUUUAAUGUAUAUAAUAAAAGUUAUAUUUUAGAUUAUUCUGGGCUGGGUAUUGAGUUUAUUCUUUCAUUUUUGUGCUACUCUAUCAUUAGGGGUUAUCCCCCACUUAUGCAAUCCCAGCUUGACACACUUUCCCAUACCCCAUAUUUUUCAACUAUGACUUACAUAUGUUGAUUAAAUAAAUAUAGCUGUCUGAUAGAAUGCUGUGAUUUAGUUAUGUGGGUUAAAUUAAAACAAAUAGUGCAUGUUAUUUAAACAUAUAAUCCAGCGUCAUGUUGCACAUUGAGUGUAUAAUUAUACAGUGUUAUCUAUGUUUCUAAUAAAUGUCCAUGCAUACUAUCAGUUUUGAUUACGUUUCAUUGAUGGAGAUUGCACACUACCUCUAAAUUACAGCUAUAUAUGUAAAUCAUGGUCAUUGUCUUUAUUCAGUUAUCCUCCUGUCAAAAAUGUUCUAUAGUCUCUUCUUGUCUAUCCUCUAUAGCAGGGGUCAGCAAACUAUGGCACGUGUGCCAUGAUUGGCACUUGAGGUUUCCUUGCACGGCACUCAAGGCUGCCAGAGCCAAACAGGCUCUGGCCUUUCAGAAGCCCAACUGGGAAUUCAUAUAUCUGCUAGUGCAAACCGAGCGGUGAUUGCAGGUGGUGAGGGACACUCCUCAAUUUAUGCAAUGCAGCUCUUAGAGGGAGUGAUCUUUGCUUCCUCACCAGAAUUGUAAACGAAAACCUGCAUUCCUACUCUCCUACUCUUAAACAUAUACCUGGCCAAGCUGGAUCCCAUAAUACAAGCAGCCCACACACAAACACAUACGUACAGUCCCCACAAACACAAUACUACUGAUAAUCCACAUGCACGCACACAACACUACAGCAGUCUCUCACAUGCAACCCCACAAAUAUACACACUAUCAAACACACAAUGUGACAUAUCAUCCACACACAAUUCCACAAGCAGCCCGCAUUCAUAGGUAUCAUGCACAAUACCACAAACUACUAACGAACAUAAACAAAAUAACAGCCCACAUACACACAAAUACAACACUGCAGUGCAACUGCAGCCCCCAUAAAUAACACAAGCAGAAUACACCAACAUAUACAACUCAAUUUAAAAAAAAAUAGAACCAGCAUGCUAAGGAACUUCAAGAUCUUGUUUUGGCACGGUACUACUAAGAUUGCCUACCCCUGCUCUAUAGUUUAUUAUUAUUAUUAUUGCCAUUUAUAUAGCGCCAACAGAUUCCGUAGCGCUUUACAAUAUUAUGAGAGGGGGGAUGUAACUAUAAAUAGGACAAUUACAAGAAAACUUACAGGAACAAUAGGUUGAAGAGGUCCCUGCUGAAACGAGCUUACAGUCUAUGGGAGGUUUGAGGUGGGGUAUAAAAUACAUUAGGACAGGAAAUAUCAAUCAAAUAGGGUGGGAGUGAAGCAGAGCUGGAGGAGAGAGUAAAGCACUACCCUAUAGGAGAGAGCAAGAGACAGGUAUGUAAGGUAGAGGUUACUCUGGGAGGCCAUAAGCUUUCCUAAAGAUAUGGGUUUUAAGGCACUUCUUAAAGGAUUGAAGACUAGGGGAGAGUCUGAUGGGGUAGGCAGGCUAUUCCAUAGGAAAGGAACCACCCGCGAGAAGUCCUGCAAGCGCGAGUUGGCCGUACGAGCAGCGGUCAGGAGGUGGUCACAAGCAGAGCGGAGGGAACGAGGAGGGUCUGUGAAGAGAUAUAAGAGGGGCUAGAAUUGUUCAGUGCUUAAAAUGUAUGGGUUAGCACUUUGAAUUGACUCCUAUAGGAUACAGGGAGCCAAUGUAAGGACUGGCAGAGGGGUGAGGUGUGAGAGGACCGACUAGAGAGGAAAAUCAGUCUGACGGCAGCAUUCAUUACAAACUGUAGCCGGGCAAUACGGCUUUUAAGGAGACUAAUCAGGAGAGGGUUACAAUAAUCCAUGCAGGAAAUUACUAGAGCAUGGACAAGCUCCUUGGUAGCAUCUUGUGUAAGAAAGAUGCGGGCGGAUGCGGGCUAUGUUUUUAAGUUGGAAUCUACAGGAUUUGGCAACAAACUGGAUGUGAGGCUCAAAGGUGAGGCCAGAGUCAAGUAUGAUGUCAGGACAGCGUGCUUGCAAAGAUGGACUUAUGUGGAUAUCACUGACAUGAAGGGAGGGCGAAAGAGGAGGAUCAGUAUUAGGCGGAGGAAAGACAAGGAGUUCAGUUUUAGAGAGAUUGAGUUUCAGAAAGCGCAAGGACAUCCAGUCAGAGAUGGAAGAAAGGCAAGCAGUGACACAUUGCAGGACGGCAGGGGACAGGUUUGGGGAGGAGAGGUAUAUCAGAGUGUCAUCAGCGUACAGGUGGUAGUGGAAUCCAAAAGAGUUAAUAAGUUUGCCAAGAGAGGCAGUAUAAAUUGAAAAUAGAAGGGGACCAAGGACAGAGCCUUGGGGAGCUCCAACUGAGACAGGACGAGGGGAGGAGAUAUCCUUGGAAAAGGAAACAUUGAAUGAGCGUUGGGAGAGAUAAGAGGAAAACCACGAGAGGACAGAGUCACAGAGACCGAGCAAUUGAAGAGUUUGAAGGAGGAGAGCAUGAUCAUCGGUGUCAAAGACAGCAGAGAGGUCAAGGAGAAUUAUUAUGGAGUAGUGAUCUUUGGAUUUUGCUGCAAUUUAGGUCAUUAGUAACUUUGAUAAGAGCAGUCUCAGUAGAGUGGAGAGGGUGGAAGCCAGAGUGAAGAGGGUCAAGGAGAGAGUUGGAAUUGAGGAAGCAAGACACACGGGUAAAGACAAGUCUUUCCAAAAGCUUUGAUUAAAAUAGGAGUAGGGAUAUGGGACGAUAGUUAGAGGGGGAGGAUGGGUCAAGAGAUUUUUUUUUCAGGAUAGGUACUACAGUGGCAUGUUUAAGGUCAGCAGGAACAGUGCCAGAAGAGACAGCAGUUGAAGAUGUGUGUUAGGGAAGGCACAAGACCAGGGGAGAGAGAUCUGAUGAGGUGAGAUGGGACAGGAUUGAGCAGGUAAGUGGUGGGGCGAGAGGAAUGGAGAAGCACAGCCACCUCUUGUUCAGUAGCUGGGUAGAAAGUCUGAAGGAUAGGAAAGGCAUGAUUUACGUGUGGUUGAGAAAGAGAACGGCAAGGAGGGGAGAAUUCUUUCCUUAGCUGUUCAAUUUUGUCGGUAAAGUAGCAUGCAAAGCUAUCAGCUGUAAGGUUAGUUUGCGGGGUGGCCACAGCAGGGCGGAGAAGAGAAUUAAAGGUGUCAAAGAGACGUCUGGGAUUUGCAGGAGCAUGAACUAAUGAGAGAGAAAAAGUAUGACUGUUUGGCUAGGGCAAGGGCUGCACUGUAUGAACGCAAUAUGAAUCUAUAAUGGAGAAAGUCUGCCUGGGUGCGGGACUUCCUCCAGGAGAAUUCAGCACAACGGGAGCAACUCUGCAGAUAGCGUGUUGAUUAAGUAUGCCAAGGUUGGGUCAUGUCCUCAUCGAGGUGCAUGUUUGGAGCGGGGCUGCAGCGUUCAAGGCAGAGGUGAGGGCAGUGUUAUAUGUAGAGAUGGCCAGUGAGGGACAGGAGAGGGAAGGGAUGAAUAGCAGUUGUGAAUCAAUGUCAGCUGACAGCUGCUGGAGGCCAAUAGAAUUAAGGUUUCUCCUGAGUUGAGGGGGGUUAGGCUGAGGUUGUUGGGUGAGAGGGUAAGCGAGAGCAAGCGAUAAGAGGUGGUGAUCAGAGAGAGGAAAUGAAGUGUUGCAGAUAUUAGAUACUGUACAUGAAUAAGAGAAAAUAAGGUUAAGGGUAUUGCCAGCUAUAUGGGUGAGAGAAUUAGCCCACUGCAAUAGCCCAAGGGAGGAAGUAAUUGAAAGUAGUUUAGAUGCUGCUGGGGUCGAAGGUGGGUUAAUGGGAAUAUUGAAGUCUCCAAGAAUAAGGGAUGGAAUGUUAGAAGAGAGGAAGUAGGGUAGCCAGGCAGCAAAGUGGUCAAGGAAGAGGAGAGGGAAACCAGGGGGACGAUAGAAAACAGCAAUGUUAGCUGAGAAGGGUUUGAAAGGUGAAUUGAAUGAAUUUCAAGUGACUAGAAAGAGAGGGAAGUGGGGUGGGCAGAGUUUUAAAGGAGCAGUGGGGUCAAAGGAGAAAACCUACACUGCCACCUUUACUCUCUGCUUGUCUUGGAUUGUGGGUAAAGUGAAGACCACCAAAGGACAGUGAGGCAGGGGUAGCAGUAUCAGAGGGAGAGAGCCAUGUUUCUGUUAGUGCAAGUGGGUUUAGGGAGUGUGAGAUAAAUAGGUCAUGGAUGGAAGUUGAUUUAAAGGUGCUGCACAACUAGCGUGCAUUCCAGAGGGCAGCUUUAAAGGAGGAAUUAUAGUGAGAAUUACAUGGGAUGGGUAUCUUUAUUCUCUAUUGUCUUGCCUCUGAAGUGCAGCAGUUUAAAGUAUAAUCAAAUCUUUAUGCUAUUUUAGCACAAUUUAUUAUAAUUUGGUUAAUAAAACUACAGUUUAAUAUUAAAGGGACACUCCAUGCGCCAUAACUACCACAGCUCACUGAAGUUUUUAUGUUGCUAGGAGUGGCUAGUUUCCCUCUAUUUGUACUUUGCCAAACUGUUUUAAUGGUUUGACUUCUUACCUGGGGUUCACCAGGUGUUCCUACUCUCCACCACUACUAAUCCUGGAGAGGCAGAAGUUCCUCAGCAGGAAUUUCCAUUAGUUCUCCUGAGACUCACCCUGCAGUAAAGUGCUAGUUCAUUGGCUGAGAGUAAGCUGUAGUAGUUUUGGUGCUUGUAGAAUGCCUGGACUGGCCAUUUGGCAAACCAGGCAAAUGUCUGUUGUGCCACUAUAGACAUAGGCUGACAGGGGAGAUCAAAGGAUAUCCUUGGUCGGCCUCUGAUGAUCUCCCUCAGCCCAUGCUAAUGCCAGGGAAAGUGAAGACGUAGAGAUUGAGCUGUUCUGGCUUCCAUAUCAGAACAUUGCCAAUGUUCUAAUUCUUUCCCUAGCACUAGCCGAUAGCAGCCUUCUGAACCUGCUGGGUGUGCAAACAAAGUGCCUUUCCCACUGGACCACCAGGGUACGACAUAUGUACAUACAUGUUAGCGUUUUUUAUUAAUUAGAAAUAAUUAAUUCAUUUUUCAGUUUCAGUUUAUGCAAUUUGUGUACUUUUUAUCUUUCAUUAAUUGUAUGUUUAUCCAUUUAGCCAAUAAAUUUUUUUACAUAUAGUUUUACUAUGUUAUAUUAUUGAUUAUACUAGCGCUAACCCCCGCCUUGCUUAUGUCUAUUGGUAUUGUGACCUAUUCUCAUCCAACCUCAUGCAUGUAAUUUCUCAAGCAGCUUUCAAACUCGUGUAGAACCACAGGCAGCCUCCCAUACACACAUACAACGUCAUCUCCCAAAGUUGUUCCUCUUUUGUCCUCUGGUAUGGCACUUAUUUGAACACCAGAGACAAAUUACUGGCAAAUGGCUGGUUAGAGCAGUGGUAAUAUCACUGCCUUAGAAAUGAGAAAAUUAAGUUUGAAUCACAAUAAAAACACUUUGCCAGAAAGUGUCCUUGAGCAAAACACCUAUAUAUGGAUAUAUAUAGGGCUGUGUGUGUGUGUGUGUGUAUAUAUAUAUAUAUGUUUGUUUGAGCAGAACAUUCUUUACCUUUAAAUAUUCCCUUCUUAUUCUGUAGAAUAUGUUGGCACUCAGGGCUGGCCUUAGGCCAUUAGGCGCCCUGUGUGAAUAAUCUUCACAGCGCCCCCCCCACACGCCUCCCCAUUGACCGCAGUCCUACACCUUCAUCGAUGUAUGUGUAUGUGUACAGGGAUGUAGUGUUUUUAUAGGGGAUUUAUUAAAUUAAUAAUGAUUUAAAAACAUAUAUUCAUUCCCCCUUCCCUGUUACCUUGCAGUGAGGGGGGAAUGUUGAUCUCUGGUGUUGCAGUCUGCUGGGAAUCUGGUCUGAAUCCUUCACCUGGUGCAAUCUAUGAGUAACUGUCUCAUUAGCUCAGGCAUAGACAGUGUCAAGGCUUUCCUCUGGUAAUCCGUGGCAAUGGACUGAUUGGCCGGAGCUUGGAAGACAGAUAAUUAUGGUCUGCAGCAAAUGGAAGUGCAUUCCAGAGGUGCCAGACUGCCUCUGCUGCAUUAUAGAGAGGCAGACUAAGUAUGUCACAUAAUACUGUGAAACACGGUUACAGGCAGACAGACACACACUCACGCUCAGUUACAGGCAGACACACACACAGUUACAGGUAGACAGUCACACACAUUCAGUUACAGGCAGACACUCGCGCACACUCAGUUACAGGUAGACAGUCACACACACACUCAGGUACAUGCAGACAGCCACACACACACAGUUGAAGUCCCACACAAAGGCACAGUUACAGUCCCACACAGGCAGACAGUCACACGGUUACAGUCCCACACAGGCAGUCACACUCAGUUUCAGUCACACACAUAGUACACUCACACACAGUUACAGUCAGACAGACAAUUAAAGUCACUCACAGGUAGACAGUCAUACACACAUACACACAGGCAGACAAACCGUCAGACAGUCACACACACACUUACCUCUUUCCAUUAUGGCUGGAAGGGGGGAGUGGAGGCAGUGCAGCUCCUGUAGAUUAGUUGUUGGGGAAGCGGGGACUCCUUCCUCCUUCCCCUUUCCCCCUUCCUGUGAUGCAGUUACCAUGGGCUUCUGGUAGGUUUUAGCCCCGCCACCACUGCCAUUUUAGCCCUGCCUCCACCUCGUCUCACUAUAUUUUUCAUACACCCGGGUGGAGAAUAAUUAAUCCUCCACUGGGUAUUUAGCUCCCCUGCACUCUUCUCAACCGGCCAUGUAUGAGCUGUGUCAGCUGCACAGUUCGCACACCCCUAAGGCCGGCCCUGUUGGCGCUAUACAAGAGUCAUUAAAUUUGUAUGCACUGCUCUAAACAAACACAUGGCAAUUUUCCCUGUGAGAGCUCUUCAGCAGAGCUCUGUGUAUGGGCUGCACUGGAGGGGCAUCAAAUUAACAUGCCCACUUUGGAAGGAUGUGCAUGUCAUUAGUGGUGACACUACACGGCCCCUUGUUUUGGGCUGCUCUGCCUUUAAUUGCUGGGGAGCAUAUUUGUCCCAGUCUGCCUUGUAGUGUUCCUUUAAGAGCAAAAUUAAUUAUAUACAGAACAUGUUUACAUUAUACAGCAAUUUUAUGUUAUAUGCACAUUUUCAUUUGCCCAACACACUUAUAUAAACAGAAUAUAAAUACAUACAUUGUAGAUCCACCUGCUCAUGGAUGUGUUAUAAAAAAUUUUAAAUAAAACUAUAUACAGGUAUAUGUCAACCUUACGUUUAGCUGGAUGCUUACACUGAUAUAUAAAAUACAUUUUUGCAGUGUGAAUUUAUUCCACUCAGGAAAACUUAGUGUAUGUGCAAUUUAAAGUAAUGUGUGAUACGAAAAAUCAAAACACUGAUCUGACGUGCUGUUAAUUAGUAGCUCAAUUCUACCCUGUGGAUUUAUAGCUAAAAUAAACCACAGUCAGUUCCAUUGGUUUCCCUGUGAACUGAUGGACGUGUGAAAGCCAGAGCCUCAUUUUAUACGGAUGCUUUGCACAGCAAUCUCAACACGUGACAUUAUAUAAAAACAUGCGAGUUUAUCAAUGAAAAAGAAACAUUUGUUUUUACGCAUUGCACCAUUUUCAUCUUACACUUGUCUCUGUAAAAUGGUGUUUACUUUGAAGUGACAGUUCUUCUCCAAACAGAGUAUACACCCGAGUGCAGGAGAUAAUGAUUAUGUAAUGUUGCCUCUGAGACUGUAUCAUAGCCCAGGAAUGAGAAUUACCCCCAUGAUGGCAUACCAUUUGCAAAAGUAGAGAACCCAGGGUAUUCAAUAUGGGGUAUUUCCAGACUUUCUUAGUAGUCACUUAAUAACAAGCACUGGCCAAAGUUAGCGUUCAUAUUUGUUUUUGUGUGAAAAAUGCCUGCACCUUGUGCUGAUCAGACAUGUUAUGCAUGAGCUCCCAGUCUGCUUGCUGAUUUUUGGGGGAUAUCUUUAGUCGGGCUGACUUCCCCACUCUCUAGCUUGCCAUAUGGGUGCCUCUAUUCCUACCUCCCUUCUCCCUCUUGACCGGCUGGGGUUAUCCCGCUCCCUGCUAGAUUGACCUGCAUUACUACUCAUACUCAUGGGCGUCCGCAGGGGUGGAUUUUUCAGUUUGUGCCGUUUUUUGGUUUUUUUUAGAUUGACAAUAUACUGCAAUACCGGCGUUGGCCAGUAGGUGUGUGGAGAGAGGCAGGGAUAGGAAGCUACAUCUUAUCCCUGCUUCUCUCUGGUGACUGAAACCGCAGGAAAGCUGCACAGAGUACAGCCAGCAACUCCCAGACUGCAGAGACAGCCUACAGAUCAGCUAAGUGAGGCAUGGGGGGCCAACCUACAGAUCAGGUAGGUGAGGCAUGGGGGGGCAGCCUACAGAUCAGGUAGGUGAGGCAUGGGGGGGCAGCCUACAGAUCAGGGAAGUGAGGGAUGGGAAGACAGCCUACAGAUCAGGUAAGUGAGGCAUGGAGGGGAUUCCUACAGAUCAGGUAAGUGAGGAAAGGGGCAGCAUACAGGAUGGGUUAGCAAGGAGCAGGAAGGUAAAGUAGGAGAAGGAGCAGAAAGGAGAAGGAACAGAAAUGAGCAGGAUGGGGCUGCAAGGAGAAGGAAGGGGCUGCAAGGAGCAGAACUGGUCUGCAAGGAGCAGGAAGGGGCAGCAAGUGGCAGAAAGAGUCAGCAAGGCGAAAAAAGGGGCUGCAAGGAGCAGGAAGAGUCAGGAAGGGACAGAAGCAGCACAAAGGUAAAGGAGCAGAAAGAAUCAGAAGGAGCACAAAGGUAAAGUAGGAGAAGAAGCAGAAAGGGGCAGCAAGGAACUGGAAGGGGCAAAAGGAGCACAAAGGUAAAGUAGGAGAAGGAUCAGAAAGGAACAGAAAUGGACAGGAAGGGGCAUCAGGGAGCAGGAAGGGUCUGCAAUGAGCAGGAAGUGUCUGCAAAAGGAGCACAAAGGUAAAGGAGCAAAAAGAAUCAGAAGGAGCACAAAGGUUAAGUAGAAGAAGGAGCAGAAAGGGGCAACAAGGAUCAGGAAAGGGCAGCCAGGGGCAGGAAGGGUCUGAAAGGGGCAGAAGGAGCACAAAGGUAAAGGAGCACAAAGAAUCAGAAGGAGCACAAAGGUAAAGUAGAAGAAGGAGCAGAAAGGGCCAGCAAGGAGCUGGAAAGGGCAGCAAGGAGUAGAAAGGAGCAGAAGGGACAGAAGGAGCGCAAAGGUAAAGCAGGAAAAGGAGAAAAAAGGAAUAGAAAUUAGCAGGAAGGUAAAGGAGCAGAAAGAAUCAGAAGGAGCACAAAGGUAAAGUAGGUGAAGGAGCAGAAAGGAACAGCAAGGAGCAGGAAGGUAAAGUAGGAGUUGGAGAAGGAACAUAAAUGAGCAGGAAGGGACAGCAAGGAGCUGCAAGGGGGUGAAGGAACACAAAUGUAAAUUAUAUGAAGGAGCAGAAAGGAACAAAAAUAGGUAAGAAGGGUCAGCAGGGAGCAGGAAGGGUCAACAAGGAGCAGGGAGGGUCUGCAAGAAGAAAGAAGGGUCUGCAAGGGGCAGGAAGGGACAAAAGGAGCACAAAGGUAAAUGAGCACAAAGAAUCAGGAAGGAGCACAAAGGUUAAGUAGAAGAAGGAGCAGAAAGAGACAACAAGGAUCAGGAAGGGGCAGCAAGGAGCAGGAAGAGGCAGGAAGGGUCUGAAAGGGGCAGAAGGAGCACAAAAGUAAAGGAGCAGAAAGAAUCAGAAGGAGCACAAAGGUAAAGUAGAAGAAAGAGCAGAAAGGGCCAGCAAGGAGCUGGGAAGGGCAGAAAGGAGUAGAAAGGAGCGGAAAGGGGCAGAAGGAGCGCAAAGGUAAAGUAGGAAAAGGAGCAAGAAGGUAAAGGAGCAGAAAGUAUCAGAAGGAGCACAAAGGUAAAGUAGGAGCAGAAAGGAACAGCAAGGAGCAGGAAGGUAAAGCAGGAGUUGGAGAAGGAACAUAAAUGAGUAGGAAGGGACAGCAAGUAGCUGGAAGGGGCAGAAGGAACACAAAGGUAAAGUAUGAGAAGGAGCAGAAUGGGUCUGCAUGGAGCAGAAAGGGAUCAAAAAGAGAAAGGAGGAGAAAGGCGCAAAAGAAGCAGAAAGGUAACGGAGCAAAAGAAGCAAAGGAGGAGAGAAGACAGUGUCAGAAGAAUAAGAAGACUGUGUCAAAUGAAGAAGAAGAAAAGGAGAUUUGAGCAAGAAGGACAAGUGAAGUGACCCCUCCACUUUCUUCUGGACACCACAUCAUAAGGCUUUGGAACCUGGGUCUGGCAAGGAAACUUUGGACCAUCUCAUCUUCCCAGGUAAAAAAAAAAUAUCUCCGUGUUAAUGUGUCUUUUAUUUUCUGAGUGUUAGGAAGCAUUGAGUGUCGUUCGGUAGGGGUGUCGCUAAUUUGGCUAGAGCGGUCAGCUCACUCUAAGCCAAUCAGUAGCUCCCCAUUCACAAAAAGUAAAACAUUUUUAUGAACCGGGAACUAGCGAUUAACUUAGAGCAUUAGCUGACUCUAGCCAAUCAGUGGCACCCAUGCCUGACGUCAAUCUGCACUUCCUGACACUCUGUUUCAGAAGCCAAAUACCACUGAGCGACCUGGAGAUCUGGAGCUGGAGGAAGUCCUUGGGGUUAAACCAUUUGAGAGGAACACUAAAUUAAAGGAUUAAAGGAACACUAUAGUGAUUAAAGGAACACUAUAGUGUCAGAAAUACAUACAUGUAUUCCUGACACCAUAGUUGUGAAAACGCUAUUUACCCUGGCUUUAUGUGAUAAUGACUAUGCCCCUCCCCUUCAUGACUGUCAAAAAGGGGCAAAACAUGGAUGUCAUAUAGUUAUGCCUCCUUCACGCCCCCCGCCCCCCCCCCGGAAAAGUUCCUGCGGACGCCCAUGCUCAUACUAUAGCUGAUAACACCUACAACGACACAGCGGGCACCUAAGCUUCUCUAGAUGGCGGUGGGGUCUUCUCCGACAGCACAGAACGUGACACAGAAACAUGGCAACGCACCCAGCCUCGCUCAGUGCCCCCUGAUGAGGCAAGAGGCAAUCUUUCAGGACUUUUGGGCCCAGUUGCAGAUGCGGGGAGACACCAGGCGCACGUGGCCAUUAAAGUUCCAGCCUUUGUAUGCGAACUCUCGAGUUCGUAAGGAUGAGCUGCUUACCUGUACCCGAACAUGGAGGGGUAGGGAUACCCUGAUACGACACUGCUUAGCUGUGCUCCCCAACGGACUACCAAUUACCGAGUGUGGGAGUUGGCUGGUGCCUGAUAACGGGUCUACUGCUGGGAAAGAUGUCCCAGUGCGAGAUCCAGAGGCAUUCUGUAUUAUGUUUUACCCUGCUGAUUUUGCUCUGCUAUCUCUCUUAUCCUUUUAUGUUUAUGCACACCCUUCUGUUUUUGGGUUCAGUUCCAGCAGCCUAAUUGUUACCCUACACCUGGUAUAGUCAGCCUCAAUGUGAUGCCUAACUCAUGUUUAACAUACCCAAAAGUGAUGUCUUACUUACUUACUUAAAUCAUGUCUAUCUAAGCAAGUAACUCAUACAGAUAACCAUCUAGAAUAAGACAUGUAAAGUUCGCCUGUUAUAUAAUCCACACUCCUUCAUGUUUUCCAUAUAAUUCUAAAAUUGUGCAUGUUUUAAUAAAUAAUAAAAUGUUGACAUUUCAGCUCCCAACUGAGAGCUUUCAACAGGACAAUUGUUGAAAUAUUUGGCAGACCCCACAUAAGAAAUCAAACCAAUCCAACUGGGAAUGCCAGGUCACGCUGUAGUGGUUAUGGUGAUGAAGUUCAAGUAUUCCUAAUAUUUUUUCAAAAUAGUUUUUCAGGUUUUUAAGAGGCUUGUUGCAUAAAUAUCUUAAAGAACCCGUGUUUAAUCUGGCAACAUAUCCAUGAGAUUACUGAGGAUAAUUUGGCAAUCAACCUCUCAGGAAGGCUAGCUUGUCUCCAUCAAGUCAUAUUCUCAGACCAUGAAGAUGAUAUUUACAUCCUGUUUAAAGUAAAUAAAGUGACCAACUGUCAAGUAUUUUAAAGUUUGUUAUUCUCAUAUAACUCAUUAAAUUAUAUUUUUCUCAUUUACCUAAAUAAUUGAUGUAAAUAACAGUCAGCAUAAUCCUCAUGUUAUUAACUAUUAAGAGUACAUUCAAAUUUUAUUGAACAAACCUCCUAAUGAUCAUAGUAUUUUUUUUAAACAUAAAAAACUUACAAUGCACUGUUCCAAAUUAUUAUGCACAGUAAGUUUCAAAACACUUUAUAGGUUGUAAAGAACUGAAAAUUGUCAUUUGUUGUGUUUGCAGCAUAUUUACUGAAAUCAAAAGCUCUUUCAAUUGAACUUAUAACAACAUUUUAACUUUUUAAACAUUUUAACUGGUCACGUUACAUUUUAACAUAGGACCCCUUAUUUGAUAGCAGCUUCACAAGUCUUGCAUCCAUUGAACUUGUCAGUUUUUGUACAGUUUCUGCUUGAAUUUGUUUGCAAGAUGUCAGAAUAGCCUCCCAGAGCUGCUGUUUGGAUGUAAACUGCCUCCCACCCUCAUAGAUCUUUUGCUUGAGGAUGCUCCAAAGGUUCUCAAUAGGAUUGAGGUCAGGGGAGGAUGGAGGGCACACCAUGACUUUCUCUCCUUUUAUCCCCAUAGCAGCCAUUGAUGCAGAGGUAUUCUUUUCAGCAUGAGAUGGUACAUUGUCAUGCAUGAAGAUGAUUUUAUUAUGGAAAGCAUAGUUCUUUCUUUUGUACCAGGGAAGAAAGUGUUCAGUCAGAAACUCCACAUACUUUGCAGAGGUCAUCUUUACACCUUCGGGGACCCUAAAGGGGCCGACCAGCUCUCUUCCCAUGAUUCCGGCCCAAAACAUGACUCCACCACCGCCUUGCUGACGUCACAGCCUUGUUUGAACAGGGUGGCCGUCCACCAACCAUCCACUACUCCAUCCAUCUGGACCAUCCAGGGUUGCACGGCACUCAUCAGUGAACAGGACUGUUUGAAAAUUAGUCUUCAUGUAUUUUUCUGCCUAAUGCAGCCAUUUCUGCUUGUGAGCAUUGGUUAGUGGUGGCCGAAUAGAAGGUUUAUGCACAGUUGCAAGACUCUGGAGGACUCUACACCUUGAUGUCCGUGGGACUCCAGACGCACCAGCAGCUUGAUGACGAAAUAGGAGGGUGCGAGCAGGGAGCAAUAAAACGCUUCUAUUCAUGCCACACAUGCGCAGAUACUUCAUAGGGUGGCAUUCAUGUCUCGACUAGGAAGCACCUCUAGUGGCCAUCUGAGUGUCCACUAGAGGUAUUCCUCAGCAGUAAUGUAAAUACUGCCUUUUUACGAAAUGGCAGUGGUUACAUUAAAAAGCCUGCAAAGACAUGCUAUAGACACCAGAACUACUACGUUUAGCUGUUGUGGUUCUGGUGACUAUAGUGUCCCUUGAAUACAGAGAGGAAAAAAGAAUCAUCACAAAUGUAAGAAAUAAAAUGUCUGUAUCAUUAUUCUAAAAAAUAAAAAAAUAUGCAUAUUCCUAGCUUAAUUUUUAGCACGACAUAUGACACAAACAUUUUGUACUUUGCAGAUUACUUUUUAUAUUUUUUUAUACAUAUACAGAUUGUGUAAUACUGCCCCUGACUUAGGGUGACCACAUUUCCUAACUCAUUCAGUGACACUGUCAGAAAUGCAUUCCAUACAUUUUACUACCCAUCUCUACCCCUUCCAUUUAUAUUAGAACCCCACCUACACCUUCCAUGAAUAUUAGAACCACCCCUACCCCUCCCAUGAAUAUUAGAACCACCCCUACCCCUUCCAUGCACAAAAGAACCCCUCCUACCCCUUCCACGCAUAUUAACACCCCUACCCCUUCCAGGCAUAUUAGUACCCCCCUAACCCCUUCCAUGCAUAUUAGUACCCCCUAACCCCUUCCAUGCAUAUUAGAACCCACCCUACCCCUUCCAUUUAUAUUAGUACUCCCCUAACCCCUUCCAAUAAUUUUUCUACCUCCCCCCUCCUCCCAUCCAUAUUAGUAGCCCCCCUAAAACCUUCCAAUUAUUUUUCUACCUACCCCUCUCCCCCUAUCCUUAUUAGUAGCCCCCCUAACCCUUUCCAAUUAUUUUUCUACCUCCCCCUGCCCCCAUCCAUAUUAGUAGCCCCCCUAAACCCUUCCAAUUAUUUUUCUACCUUUGUCCCCCUUUUUACCUGACAUAGCAGGGGGACCUCUGGACGUCCGGCAGGCGCAGUGUCAGACUGAGCGCCGGGUAGUCACGUGACACCUGUCCAGGGCCGGUGCAAGGAUUUUUGCAGACCUAGGAAAAAUUAAAGUUUGCCGCCCCCCCCAUGUGACAUUACAAUGCCCCACCCAUAUGAUCUGCCAUGUUACCUAACGCCAGUGCUGGAGUGCCGCCGUGUUUACAUUAAAAGGCUAUAGACACCAGAACCACUACAUUAAGCUGCAGUGGUUCUGGGGACUAUAAUGUUUCUUUAAUGUGAGGUAAAUUAGAGAUUAGUGCCACAAAUAAUAUGCUAGAUUGCCUACUUACAACCAGAUGAGGAUGAUGAUGGGCUCUAGCUGCAGUCUGGCUCCACUGGUCUGGUGUAGAACAGGCUCUCUGGAGGCUGUUUGUAACUGUGGUCACAAAAAUCAAUGUUCUGGAAGAACGUGAAGCAGCUCCAUUUUUUGGGGGACCUUUACACAGCUCAAGGUCUGGGUCCCAGGGUACACCUUCAUGUUCCACCAAUUGUUCACAGGGGGUGGAGUGUGUAGGGGAUGUCCUGAUAUGUGUGUAAGGAAUGCAUUUUGUGAAUCUGUGUUUGUAUGUGUAAGGACUGCAAGGCGUGUUUCUGUGUAUGUACGGGAUGCAGUGUGUUCGUGUGUAAGGGGUGCAUUGAGAGUGGUAAGGGGUGCAUUGAGUGUGUGUAAGGAAUGCAUUGUGUGUUUCUGUGUGUGUAAGGGAUGCAUUGUGUGUAAGGGUUGCAAUGCUUGUGUGUGUGUCUAAUUCAUUGUGUGUGUAAUGCAUUGUGUGUUUUUCUGUGUGCAAGGGGUGCAUUGUCUUUGUGUGUAAGGGGUGCAUUGUGUGUGAUUGUGUGUGUGUGAUGGAUGUCAAUCUCUCCCCCCUCCCUUGUCACUCUCUUCUCCCCUUCUCCCUCUCUUGUCACUUUCUUCUCCCCCCCUUGUCAGUCUCUUCUCCCCCCUUUCCCUUUGUCACUCUCUCUCUUCUCCCUCCUUGUCACUCUCUUCUCCCCCCUCCUCCUUCUUUUCCCUCCUUGCUCACCCUUCUCCCUCCCUUGUCACUUCUUCUACCCCCUCCCUUGUCACUUCUACCCCUCCUUGUCAACUCUCUUCUCUCCCUCCCUCCCUGUCAAUUUAUUCCUCCCCCCAUCCCUGUCAAUUUCUUCCUCCCCCCAUCCAUGUCAAUUUCUUUCUCCCACCCCAUCCCUGUCAAUUUCUUUCUCCCACUCCCUGUCAAUUUCUUCCUCCCCCGUCAAUAUCUUCCUCCCCCUUCAAUUUCUUCCUCCCCUUCCCUCCCCCCUGUCAAUUUCUUCCUCCCCUUCAAUUUCUUUCCUCCCUUCAAUUUCUACAUUCUUCAUCCCCACCUGUCAAUUUCUUCCUCCCCCAAUUUCUUCCUUUUCUCCUCCCCUGUCAAUUUCUUCCUCCCUUCAAUUUCUUCCUCCCUCCCUCCCCUGUCAAUUUUCUUCCUCCUCCUUCUACCUCUUCCUCCCUCCUCCCCUGUCAAUUUCUUCCCCUCACACCUCUAUCCCCACCCUCCCCCUCUGUUGUAGCAUGGCCGAGCCCUGUAUGGUCCGCGGGUACAGGGAGCUUUUGUUUCCUGUACCCGGCCGGACUAAAAGGAAGUGCACACUGACUCAGUCCUCCUGGACGCACCAGCCCGGGCAAAGCUGCAGCCACCUGAGGCUCUCUGCAGAGUGCUCGGGAGGCUGCAGCAUGAGGGGGGCCGGCGGACCUGGGGGGGAUUUCUCCAUAACCUGUCCCCCUGCAUGAUUUGCUGGGGGGGAUGCGUCCCCCCCAUCCCCACCGGUUCCUACGCCCAUGUCUCUUACUCCGAUGCAUGGAUCUGGUAGAAAUAUUCCUCAAUAUACCUUUAUCUGCACGAACCCGUCUGUGCUCUGAAUCAGUCACAAAUCUCUUAAUAGUGCGAGCAUUGAACUAUUUCACUCUUUUUGGCAGUAGAGAGAUCCUUUUUCUUCCCCAUAUUGCAUGAAAAUGGUGCUCUGCUUAAUAAUGUGGAACACCCUCCUUUAGUAAUUUUUCCUUAAAUUGGGCUCACUUGGGAAUCUAAUUAUCACAGGUGUCCGAUAUUGUUUUCAGUGAUCAAAAGAGCCCUGAGACACGAUGCCAUCCAUUAGUUAAAGUGAAAAACAAAAUAUUUAAUCUUUGUGACACUUAAAUAGAAUUUUCAUAAUAAUUUGGAACAGGGUGUAUUUUGCUGCCAAUAAAAUGCCACCACUGCAACUUUAAAAGUCUUUACAGUUAAUUUAAUCUGCAAUUUUGUACACAGGAAAUUAUUAAAUAUUUUGCAGCAUUCAGUGAUAUUUCACAAUCCCAUGUCAAGUUUAUCUUUGGAUAGGUUUACACAUAUUACCUAAAAUAAAUUAUAUACGAAUAGAUCUAAGAAUAGUUGGAUCAAAGAUCUAACAUUAAAUUUCCUCUCUCUGAUCACCACCUCUUAUCAUUUGUUCUUGAGAGCUGCCCACCAGGGCCGAACUGGGGAUACAUUGUAGCCCUGGAAAAAAUCUAUGCCAGCCCCAUAUUUUGUCACAUGUAAUAUGUAAGGCUAUGUCUUGCCUCCCUAGAUGAUUGAGUAAUAUAUAAACACACACACACAUAUUAUAUAUAAAUAUAUAUAUAUAUAUAUAUAUAUAUAUAUAUAUAACAAAUAUAUAUUUAUUUUUCUAAUAUAAAAUUGUGGUCCUUUCAGAGUAAAACAUUGAAUUAUACAGUAAGCAUACUUACAUGCAGACACAGACAAUCUCACUGACACACAUAACCUCAUUGAUACACAGCCUCAUAGACAAACAAACAAUCUCACUGAUACACAUAAGCUCAUUGACCUAAAAACACAAGUUCACAGAUGCACACACGUAUGUUCACUAUCUAGCAGGCACACACACACACAAACAAGCUCACUCAUUAGCAGGCACACACACACAAGCUCACUCAGGCGCACACACACAUACAAAUCUCUCUCACUAGCAGGCACACACACAAUCAUUGUCAUGGCUGAAGCUUACCUGGCACUGGUAGGUGAAGUUGCCAUUUUGCCUCUUCCUUCCAGCGAGGUCAGCAAUGUGCGUGGGGGCGGAGUAUGCAUGCUGGAGGUGGAGCUUCUGUUCAAAGGCAUGGCUUCCACGCAGGAGCGGGGCAUGCAGCCAAAAUUGAUGUAAAUUGUGCAGGGAGACUGACCGGUAUCCCAGUGGGCCAUCUGGCCCUGUCCCCCACCCAACAUCCUCAGUCUAACCCCCCCUCAACUCAGAAGAAACCUGAACUCUAUUGACCUCCAGCAACUGCCAGCUGAUGUCCCUUCUGAGAUCUCAUCCAUCCCUACCCUCUCAUGUCUCUAUUUAGCUAUCUCCUUGUAUAAUGCUACCCUCACCUUUACCAUGGACUCUGCAGCCACGCUCCAAACAUGCUCCUCAAGGAAGACGCACCUUCAACCGUGGCACACUAAGUCAACCUAUCUGCAUCGAUGUUCCUGUUCAGUAGAAUGCUGCUGGAGGAAGUCCCACACUUUGUCACACUGUCUCCAUUAUAAAUUAAUCUUAUGUACGUACAGCGCAGCCCUCACCCUUGCUAAACAAUCCUACUUUUUCUCUAGUUAGAUCAUGCUUACGCAAUCCUAGGCAUCUCCUUGAUACCUACACUCUCUCCUUCGCCCAUCAGAAGCCACCCCCCAAACAAACCCUUCAGCCAAUAGCUUUGCAUGCUACUUUAUGGACAAGAUUGAACAGAUAAGGAAAUAAUUAUCCUCCUCCUCUCUCUAGCAACUGCACCUGUACCGUACCUUCCCUACCAUGCCUUCUCCCUUGGUGCAGAUAGGGAGGGGACUGCGCUUCUCCUCUCCUCUCGUUCUUUGGUCCCCUUCAGUUCUCUCUUUAUACUGCCUCUCUAAGCAAAUGCAUUAAUUCCUUUGGAUUCUGCUACCAUCUGUAUGCUGACAACACCCAGAUAUAUCUCUCCUCCCCUGAUCUCUCCCCCGCGGUCCAACAUGUUAUUGCUUUCUUCAAACUCUGCUUUCUGAAACUCAAUUUCCUCCCACUUUCUGAAACUCAAUUUCUCUAAAACUGAGCUUCUUAUUUUUCCUCCUCAUAAUGCUGAUCCUCCUCAUUCGCUUUCCCUGCAUGUUGAUGGUACUUGCAUCGGUCCAUCCUUGCAAGCUCGUUUUGGUGAUAUCUUUCAUCCUGGCCUUACCUUUGCAUCUCAUAUCCAAUAUGUUGCUAAAACCUGUUGAUUCUACCUAAAAAAAAAAAAAACACAAAAAAACCAUUGCCCGCAUCCGCUCCUUACUCAAGCAAAAUGUUGCCAAUGAGCUUGUUCACGCUCUGGUAAUCUCUCGCAUGGAUUACUGUAAUGCUCUCCUAGUUGGUUUCCCCAGAAGCUGAACUGCCCUGCUACAAUUUGUAAUGAAUGCUGCCGCCAGGCUGAUUUUUCUCACCCAUUGCUCUAUCCAUACCUCACCUCUCUGUCGAUCCCUACACUGGCUUCCUGUAUUCUAUAUGUGUCAAUUCAAAAUACUAACCCUUACCUAUAAAGCUUUAAACAACUCUAGUCUAUGUUACAUUUCUUCACCGAUUUGUAAAUAUGCCCCUUUUUCUGCUAACUCACACUUGCAGGACUUUUCAUGGGCAGCUCCUUUCCUAUGAAACAGCCUGCUUAGCCCUAUUAGACUCUCUCCUAGUCUUCAAUCCCUCAAAACCCAUCUGUUUAGAAAUGCUUAUGGCCUCCCAGAGAAACUUCUAUGUCACAUAUCUGUCUCUGGCUCUCUCCUAAAGAGCCACACUUCACUCUCCUCUCCUCGCUGCCAUAUUGUGUUUUCAUAUCCCUCCUCCUCUAGACUGUAAGCUCGUUUGAGCAGGGUCUUCAUCUACUUUUUGUUCCUGUAUGAUUUUGUAAAUGUCUAGUUUAUUGUUAAAUCUCCCCCGCUCAGUAUAUUGGAAAGCCCUGCGUAAAACAUUGACGCUAUAUAAAUACCAAUAAUAAUAACAACCCUGGAGACAUGCAUUGUUUAUGAAUGCAGGAUUUAUUUAUAGAAAUGUUAUGUCCAAUUCCAUGUAAUAAUGUUUUAAAUAUUUCUUUACACUAAAUUACCCCCUAGGUGGAGACAUUUCAUUACAAAACAACUUUAUAUAUUUUGUCUGUUAUUUUAUUUCCAAUUUUAACAGAUACGACGGAAACCAUUCUUUAUCUUUGUUACGUGUAUGAUUACUGAGUCUCCUUUUUAAAAAGAAAAAAGAAAAAAAUUAUCUAUCUAUCUUUAUGAUAAACACUCAUUGUAGGGUCAGCAUCCACUGCUUCUAGUGAAAACGUACCAGCAGUGGUGUAUUUUGGAUAUGUGCUACCCUAGGCAUGUUAAAACUGGGGCAUCCCCCUACCGGUUUAACACGAACACGCAGUUUGACUGACAGACACACUCUGACACACCCAUUCACUGACAGGCACACAUUCUCAGAUUCACAUACAGUGAUAUACAUUCACUGACUGACACACACUGGCAGACACACACACUAACCGAUACACACUCUCAGACAUACACUCACUCGGACACACAAGGACCGACAUGCACACACUCACUCGGACACACAGUGACCGACAUGCACACACUCACUCGGACACAUAGUGACACACAUGCACACACUCACUCAGACACAUAGUGACAGACAUGCACACAUUCACUCGGACAGAAUGACAGACACACACAUUCACUGACAGAUACCCUUUUACUGACACAUUCACACACUUACAAAGUAUUAUAUAUAUUUUUAAAAUAUUGAUUUUAAUCCACCCAGCAUCCCUACCUUUGGGAGAGCUGGAGUGGAUUCUUCCCUAGUGUCCAGUGGCAAUAAGCUGGUGUAUUUACAAUUUAAAAAUAGUUAAACUUCACAAUGUAUGGAAGUAUUGUUGAUGACCACAUCUAUCUCUUUAGAACUAUCCUCUACUCCUUUUUAAAUACCUCUUCAUGUCUUAAAGCAUGGAUUAUAUAAGACUGGCUCUACGAACAUGUAAGAGACCUCGUUAUCUAACCUAACCAUGCACUUUUUGGCUUAGUUGGAAUAUAUAUUUUACAACACAAACAUGAGGCUAAAAAAACUAAAUCGACUUGUAAAGAAGUUCUGUGAAGAGUUUGUGAUCUUGUAGAGACAGUCAGAGGGUUCCUAGAUCUAUAACAGAUAGAUAAUCUACUAAAUGAAUUAUUUUUUUGUUAUAUAGUACCUGUACAGACUUCCAUAAGCACAUUUAUUCCUCAGUUUAACCACAGAAUGUACAUGUAAAAUGGAAAAUUGCUGAUUCAGAAUCAAAUAAGAUUUUAACACUUACUGUUUAAUAUCAGAGAGAGUUCAAUGUUUUUCUUUUUUGGGUCGUUUAUUUUGCAGGCAAGAGGUUGUAUGUUUCUUUUAAAACAUUUAGUAUUAUGUGUUCCGUGGCACAUUGCAGAUUUUAUAACACUAUACUUUCAGAAUAUUUAUAAUAAUAUUUAUUAAUAUUAGAAUAGCAAAGUUUGUUACAUUUCACAUGAGAACAGAAGAUCAAACACUGUGGAGGUGGCAUCUGUUAAUUCCUAAACAGAUUGCACUGUACAUCUUAUUCCUUUACUUAAGGACCGUAAAACAAACCUUAUGCACGUCAUGAUUUUGGCACUUUCUUUAUACCUAAAUCUGCAAUAAUUUAAGCUAUAGCACUUCAGCAUUGCAUGGCGUUACUGUCAUUAUGUUUUAACACACAUCUAAAGGGUUAGGCAGGGUCUUUAUUAUCGUUAGAAAGUAUCUUCCAUCUGUGCUUCUACUGAUUGCUCUCAAUUAUUAGCAAUCAGAAAUAAGUACACAUUUUGUCAGAAUAAUUUGCCCUUCGAUCAUAAUAAGGAACAGCAAGAAUGGGAUCACAUUCUUGGACUUGUGCUUCUGUUCGAUUUUCUGUCUGUCUGUCUCCAUGUUCUAUUUAGUAGCACUGCAUAGGAUUCUCUGGGUGCAUGUCUGUGUCAGAAACCACAAAAAUAUACCAGUGAGAUUCUUAAUGUCACUGCAUUAAGGAUGGCAGUUAAUAGUUACCUUUUGUAUUGCUCUGUGUAUUUUGGACAUUUUUACAGCACUCCAGAAUAUUUAGAGCUUUAUAAAUGCCAAUGAUAAAUACAUAAACAAAUAGAUGUACUCGUGCUUAUAUAACAAGCAUGCAAGGAUAAUGCUAACGGUAUGCAUUAACAGGUACUUAUGUGGAUCAUAACAUUUGAUUUAUGAUGUAGUUUAAAGACAAUAAACCGUGGAAUUCUGGGGAAAAUAUAUUUCAUGGUUCCUAAAAACUUUUCAACCCAUUCACUACAAAGCGGUUUGAUUACAAAAAAUACAACCAGAAUCUGAGUAUUUUGGGUGUCUUGGAGAGUAAUGUGUACAUGUAUUUUUCGUUUCAGUAUGCAUAGACAGCACAUUAUUUCAUGUGAACGAAAACAAACAUUUUGAUUUGACAUAAAUACUUUUAAAAAGAUCAUGUAUUAAAGAAUGACGUUACAUAUAGGAAAGCAGUGGUGCAAAUAAAUAACAUUUCUCAAUAAGUAACAUGGACUGUUUUCCCCAUAUAGUUAGUCUACAAUCCUCCAUAAUGUUUUCUAGUCCAUAAUCAGUAUGUCUGUGAGUGAAUGUGUGUGUCAGUAUGUGUCAGUGAAUGUGCAGGUCUGUCAGUGAGUCUGUUUCUGUCAGUGUGUGUCUGUGAGCGAGUCAGUGUGCCUGUCAGUGUGUGUCUGUCAGUCAGUGGCGUACACAUGACCCAGUGUGUCUGUUAGUGUGUCUGUGAGUGAAUGUGGGUCUGUCAGUAUAUGCCUGUGAAUUGAUGUGUGUAUCUGUUAGUAUAUGUCUCUGAGUGUGCCUCUGUUAGUGAAUGUGUGUGUCAGUGAGUGUGUGUGUGUGUCUGUCAGUGAAUGUAUGUCACUGUAUGUGUAUUUGAGAGUGUGUGUGCCUGUCAGUGGGUGUCUGCCAAUCAAACUGUAUGUUCAUCUUAAACAGGAAGAGGAGAGGCCUUGACAGGAAUGGGCGGGGCAAAUUUACAUUGGGGUGCCCGAGUUUCGUUACACCUAGGGCAGCACAAAUCCAAAAUACACCCCUACUAGUACACAGACACACACUCUGAUAUACACACAAACACACUUAUGUGCAGAGACACAUAACACACAUACAUAGACAGAUAUAGACACACAAUCACACUGUAUGUCUGUCAGUGUGUUUUGGUACCUGUCUAUGCAUGUCAGACAUUGUGUAGCACGUAUGUACCUGAGCGUGUGAGUAUCCUUGUGCGUCUAUGAAUGUAUAUCUGUGUGUAUCAGUGACUGUGCCUGGAAUGCAUAUCUGUUUUUGUGUGUUUGUGUCUCGGAGUGUGUGUGUGUGUGUGUGUUGGAGAUGCUUGCAGUGUGUUUUGUGUAUGGGGGGGCUGCUUGUGGUUUGAGAAUUACUGUCUAUAGGUAAGUGAAGUGUGUAUAAGGGUGACUGUGUGGGAGGUAAUUGUGACAGGGUGAAUGCAUGUUAGAGGGGACUGUGACAGGGUGAAUGUGUGUGAGAAGUAGGUGUAAGGGGAUGACUGACGGGGUGAAUGUCUGGGUGGCUACUGUGUGAGGGGUGGAUGUUUGGUGGUGACUGUGACAAGGUGCAUGUGGGGAGGAGUGAGUUAAGUGCGAAAAGGAUUACUGUGAAAGGGUGAGCUGUGGGGAAAGAUUGUGUGUGGGGAGGCUAUGUUUCUCUGUCCAGUCUCACCACACUGUUGUGUUUUUAUUUUAGUAGUGAGGGAGUUAUAAUAUUUAUUCCCUGUUCCAGCUGUUUCCUUGACGGUCUGGUGGGUUGCCAUAGGGAUCUGCAGACCCCUUUGAAUGUCCCUUUUUGGCUUUGACCUGGGUUCUUCCUGCACAGAGAGCAGAUUAGGGCCGUGCAGGAAGAUCUGUUUGUUCAUGUUGAAAAGUAUCAAAAUGGUGGGAUUGUGAAUGAUGACAUUGUGAACAAGUUGAUAAAUACCUAAAAAUAGAUUGUGAUGUACCUCAUUAUGAGAGUUAAUCAUAUCAAAUUAAUCAAUUUCCUAUCCCUUACCACUUUAAAUUAUAUUAUUCAUAACUAGGUUUUACUUUAAUUUGGUGAAGGCACAGAACCAUUUGUUUUGUAAGAUGUUGUUUUCAUGUGUGUGUUUACCCAAGAAUACACUGAUCUUUCUAUACAAUAACCGUUGAUUUCAUCACAGAUAAUGCCGCCAUUGUGUUUGUUUUUGCACAGGUGCAGGGUGGAAGGAUGCUUCACGCCAGGCUUCUUUUUCUACUUCUUGUUCUCUGCAUGGCCCGUUCUAGUAUUCAAUACAAGUUGUACAAAGCAGAGUCAAUAUUCAGCUGCCUAAAGGAAGCUCUUGAGGAGGCAAAAAGGAGAAGUUUUGAGGAUAACUCCAUUCUUAGUAAGAGAGGCUAUGAUUUUGAACCAAGAGAACAGCUUUUAUCCCAGCAAGAAGAAGAAGAAGAAGACGAGGAAGAAGACGAGAAAGAGAAAAGAACAUUUCCAGCUGCCCGCUACAGAUACCUGUCACAGGCCCAGAUGAAAGGUAAACUCUAUCAGAACAAGGCAAAAAGUGAUCGCCGGACCAAAUUCACUCUUUCAUUGGAUGUGCCCACUAAACUUAUGAAUAUUUUGUUCGACAUUGCCAAGUCUAAAAAGAUGAGGGCAAAGGCUGCAGCCAAUGCACAGCUCAUGGCCCAGAUUGGCAGAAGAAAGUAAGACUGGCCUGGCCUUGUGUGGGUGAAGAGGGAGGGUAUAAAAGCUGGCACUGGACUGGUGUCAUAGAAUUCCCUUCUGUACACACACAUGGCCGCAUCACAGAACUUUUCUUUGUACAGUGCAUUGCUAUAUUCUAAGUCCUUCAAAGCUGCAUUUAUUUCCCAUAUGUUUAUACCCAAGGGUUGAAGUUUCAAUCCCCCUUUACCUUUUAAUUUUUUUUUAGAUUUUCUUUCUUUCAGUU